GAUUGUGCUCCCCAGGAGCAGGUUCCCGUCCACGCAGACACGCGGCGUGGGUCCUGCCGCGCAGGCGGGAGGCUACCACCUCCCUCGCCGGGCGCCUCGCUCGUGGUUAGCGGAGCCGGGGCAGGCACUGCUCCUGCGUCUGAGCCGUCCCCGUCGGUUGUAGCCGUCCCAGCGGAGCCGGGGAAGGCGGGGUGCUGCGGGGUCGAGCUCGCAGCCUGGCCUCCGCCUCCCCGUUCUGCGGCAGGGCCUUGGACGGAGGCAGCACGCGCCCGUGCUGGCAGCAGGAGCGGCAGCGGGGGCGGCAGCAGCAGCAUGGCGGACGCGGCCUCGCAGGUGCUGCUGGGCUCGGGGCUGACGGUGCUGUCGCAGCCCCUCAUGUACGUGAAGGUGCUGGUGCAGGUGGGCUACGAGCCGCUGCCGCCCACGCUGGGCCGGAACAUCUUCGGCCGCCAGGUCUACCAGCUGCCGGGACUCUUCGCCUACGCCAAGCACAUCGUGAAGGUCGACGGGAGAGCGGGACUCUUCAAAGGCCUCACCCCCCGGCUCUGCUCCAGCGCCAUCGGCACCGUGGUGCACAGCAAAGUGCUGCAGCGGUACCAGGACGCCGAGCAGGCUGAGCCAGGAGCCAGCAAGAAGGAGCCCGUGUCCUCGCUGGAGCAGGUCCUCAAGGAGACCUCCCGAGAGAUGGUUGCUCGUUCCGCCGCGACCCUCAUCACCCACCCAUUCCACGUGAUCACCCUGCGAUGCAUGGUGCAGUUCAUCGGCAGGGAGACCAAGUACAGCGGGACACUAAGCGCCUUCACCACGAUUUACCGAGAAGAAGGCAUCCUGGGAUUCUUCGCCGGCCUCAUCCCCCGGCUCCUCGGGGACAUCCUGUCGCUCUGGCUCUGCAACAUGCUGGCCUACCUCAUCAACACGUACGCGCUGGAGAACGGGGUCUCCAUGGCGGAGAUGAAGAGCUACUCGCAGGCAGUCACCGGAUUCUUCGCCAGCAUGCUGACGUACCCCUUCGUGCUGGUCUCCAACCUGAUGGCCGUCAAUAACUGCGGGCUGGCCGGGGGCCUCCUCCCCUACGCGCCCACCUACUCCUCCUGGCUGGACUGCUGGAGCCAGCUGCACAAGGAGGGCAACAUGAGCCGAGGGAACAGCCUGUUUUUCCGCAAGGUGCCCGCAGGGAAGCGAUAUGUGUGGGAGGAGAGGAGGUUCCGCUGAAGCCAAGAGUGGAACCGCGAAGCUGAGGCCGAGCUCUGGAGGCAAAGAAUUAUGAGAGAGUUGUGAUUUCUAUACAGUUUUUUUUAAAAAUCAUUUAAUCCUGAGAGACAAAGGUGGCCGUGUGAGAGUGUCUGUUGGGGGGCCGGGGGCUUCCUGCAGGAGCACCUGCACUGCCCGAGCCCAUCCCAGCCCAUCCCCAGCCCCCUUCCCGACCCAGCCGCCGGAGCCGUGUCCCCGCUUUGUUUCAGCAGCGGAAAUUCCACCCCAAGCUAAUGGCGCCCCGAAACAUGA